AUGCUAUCCAUCUUGCGAAAAGCACGGCUGAAGGACAAAGAGAUGAGGGUUUUGAUGCUCGGUCUCGAUAAUGCGGGAAAGACGACAAUAGUGAAGCGCAUCAUGGGCGAGGAUGUCACAACCGUGAGCCCUACGCUAGGCUUUAUUAUCAAAACCAUCGACUACGAUGGAUACAAGCUCAACAUAUGGGACGUCGGUGGCCAAAAGACCCUUCGCUCCUAUUGGCGCAACUACUUUGAAAAGACCGAUGUUCUCAUCUGGGUAGUCGACGCUACCGACAGGCUGCGCAUAGGGGACUGCAAAGAGGAGCUGCACAAUCUCCUCAUGGAAGAAAGGCUCUCUGGCGCGAGCCUCCUCGUCUUCGCCAACAAGGUGGACGUUACGGGCUGCAUGACCAAGGAUGAGAUAAUCGAGGUGCGCCUUUGCCCUGCCCUUCCGAUCGCUGAAUCGCACUCCCUUGCACCGCCGUAG